AUGCCGCUUUCUAGUGACAUUGAUCAAGGCAAAACCUGGUUAGCCCAGCCAUCAGGGCUUUGUUGCCUGAAGGGAAUCCUUCAUGAAGGCACUUCACGUGGGCGCUUUGUAACGGUUGCCGAUGUAGAAACAUACAUCGUGGAGCCUAGUCAGAGCAACGCAAAUGGCCACAUUCUACUGUACUUCCCUGACGUAUGGGGAAUGUUUCCAAAUGGUCUCCUAGUGAUGGAUGCCUUUGCCGACUCUGGCUAUCUUGUGCUGGGACUUGACUACUUCAGGGGUGACCCGGUUUGGAAACAUCGUCGUGAUCGCCAUGACCGGUCAAACCCGGAUUUUGACUACGAGGCUUGGAAGCGAAAGCAUAUGUCCUUUGCAGAUGAAGCAGUCCCACGUUGGGUCGAUGAAGUGAAGAGGUCGUAUGGCCAGGCAUCGACCAAGUAUGCAUGCGUUGGAUAUUGUUUUGGUGCCCCGUAUGUAUGCGACGAGCUGGCCAAGAACACCGUCAACGCCGGCGCAUUCGCCCACCCAGCCUUUUUGAAAGACGCUCAUUUUUCAAAGAUUACCAAGCCACUAUUACUGUCUUGUUCUGCGGAAGACCAUACAUUUCCUCUACAAGCCAGACAAGUCGCUUUAGAUAUCCUGGAGUCAAGUCAAAAGAUCUACCAAUUCCAACUUUUCUCUGGUGUAUCGCACGGAUUUGCUCUACGGGGUAAUAUGAAAAGCCCAUAUGAACGCUACGUGAAGGAGCAGAGCUUAAAGGCAAUUGUGGAAUGGUUUGACUUUUGGUUGUCAUAA